AUGUUAUAUAUAGGAUGUUUUUUUUUCUUUUUACAAUUUUAUGGAUUAGUUAAAAUUUGUGUUUCAGAAGAAUUUCAAAAGAAAGAAGAGAACUUCCUUUUAAAAACAUGUACUGAUGAAGAAAAGAGGGAAUUUGCUAAUUUACAAAAUGAAGGAGAUGAAUGUAGAAAUAUAGAAGCUCAUAUGAAUCCUUUAGAUGCUUCAUUAGGUAAUGAAACUAAUUCUGAACAAAAUAUACAAGAGGUAUUAUUUGUUUUAAAUGAUAAGAUUUAUAACUUACCAUGUUAUAUCUUUGAUUUACAAAAUAGUCCAUCUAGUUCACAAAACAAUACUUCUAAUUUACAAGUAUUUGAAAGUACCUUACAAAACAUAUAUUGUGAUUUACCAGGUACUUCUAGUGCAUCAAAUGAGGUUAAUGUUACUGAGAAUAAUUCUAUUAAUUUACAAACUAAUACAUCUAGUUCGCAAAACAAUACUUCUAAUUUACAAGUAUUUGAAAGUACCUUACAAAGCAUAUAUUGUGAUAUACCAGGUACUUCUAGUGCAUCAAAUGAGGUCAAUGUUACUGAGAAUAAUUCUAUUAAUUUACAAACUAAUACAUCUAGUUCGCAAAACAAUACUUCUAAUUUACAAGUAUUUGAAAGUACCUUACAAAACAUAUAUUGUGAUUUACCAGGUACUUCUAGUGCAUCAAAUGAGGUUAAUGUUACUGAGAAUAAUUCUAUUAAUUUACAAACUAAUACAUCUAGUUCGCAAAACAAUACUUCUAAUUUACAAGUAUUUGAAAGUACCUUACAAAACAUAUAUUGUGAUUUACCAAGUACUUCUAGUGCAUAUUAUGAGGUUAAUGUUACUGAGAAUAAUUCUAUUAAUUUACAAACUAAUACAUCUAGUUCGCAAAACAAUACUUCUAAUUCACAAGUAUUUGAAAGUAUCUUACAAAGCAUAUAUUGUGAUUUACCAGGUACUUCUAGUGCAUCAAAUGAGGUCAAUGUUACAGGGAAUAAUUCUAUUAAUUUACAAGGCACUACAUAUGAUCCACAUUAUAUAUAUUUUGUUUUGCAAAGUAAUAUAAAUAAUUCUCAAAAUGCACCACAUGAUUUACGAAACAACAGUUUUAAUUUGCAAAACAGUAGCUCAAAUUUUCAAACAAAUUCUGCUUUACAAUUUGUAUAUUCUAUUUUACGAACUAAUGUUGAUAAUUUACAAGAUGAAUUAAUUAAUUUACAAAAUAAUCAAUCUGAUUCACAAUAUAAAACUUGCAAUCUACAGUAUACAUCUAUUAAUUCAGGAGCAGUAGAUAAUUUUAUAAAAAAUACUAUUAGUAGUUUACAAAAUGUGAUAAAUAUUUCAUGUGAGGAGAAAAUGAACACUGAUAAUAAUGAAAAGGAUUGUAAUAGUCUACUUAAGAGAAAAUGUGAGCAAAUAACAGAAGAUUCUGUAAAAAAAAGAAAACUUCGCAAACGUGGUAAAGAAGAUAAAGUUACUAUAUGUGAGAGUAUUCCCAGUUGUAGUACAGAUUCUCCAGAGACCAGUGAUUCUACAAUUAGCAAUAAAAGUUUUAUUUCAUUGCUUUUAUCAAAUGUUUUUGAAUUAGAUUUAGAAAAACUUUUGACAAUGAUUUUUUCUUUACAGAAUAAAUUUAAUUCAUUAAAAGAUGAAUACAAUGAAUUUGCAAAAGUAUUAUAUUUUAACAUUGAUUCGUUAAAAAGAUUUUCAGAUAUUGCAAUACAAGAUAUUGAUCCUACAAUUUUAGAUGAAAUGGAAGAUCAUUAUUUUAAAAAUAAAACAUAUAAAUAUAUGAUGAAUAAUAAGAAGUUUUUUUUAUUACUAGCAUCUAAUGAAAAAGAAAAAUAUAUUAUUAAAAAUGAACAAAAAAUAAUUAAUGCUAUACGAAGCUCUAUAUCAUGCUUUAAUAGUUUACUCAGCGGAAUUAAACGUAUUUUGGAAUCACAUAAAAUAAUGGAAAGAGUUUUGAAUAGUAGUCUUUAUUAUGAAUUUUUUGUUAGUAAAUAUAUAUUAAUUUCAGAAGAAUCUGCUUUAUUAUAUAAUGAAAUCUUUCAAAAUUUAGAUGAUUUAAUGAACAUUACUGAAGUAUCUCUUGAAAAAGGUACACUACCAUUUAAUAAAUUAAAUAUAGAUCUUUUAGGUGAUCUUAUCGAUAAAUAUAAUAAUUCAACGAUGUUAUUCAAUAGAUGCUUUAAGGAUUUUGAAGCAUUUUUUGGUUCACAAAAUAUUUCAUAUAAAGAUAACAAAAUGUUAGUAAAAACUUUAUUUCAUCUUCUUAAUGAUCAGUAUAUGAAUAAUAAAAUAAUUUUUAAUGAAAGAAUGAUAACUCCUUAUGAAAAAAAUAUCUCAGAAAUAAUAUCCAAGAUUUUAUUAGAAGAAGAGGAAGACAUUUCAUUUUAUCGUAAUAAAGCUUCCACAUUGGUUAAUUUAAAGGAUGAAGAAAUGAAUAUAAAUAACACAUCUUUAGCUCACUUGUUAGGUAGUGAAACAGGAAAAAGAACGUUAAUUUCUGUAUGUGAAAAUAUAUUAAGAUCUCUAAGAUAUUUAUUUUUUUUAAAAAAAGCUGAAUCCCUUAAUAAAAUUUUUUUAUUUUUUAAAAAAAUUAACACAAUAAUCAGUGAGAAAAAGUUUGAUGAAAAUAACUCUGAAUCAAAAAAGUUAGUGGAAACUUCUUUGAAUGAAUUGAAAGAUCUAAGGAAAAUAUAUAAUGAAACUAAAUUAAGCAUAGGAGGUAGAUCAUCGUUUCUUGCUAUAAGACAAAAUAUACUAGCAAUUCAAGACUAUUAUAACUCUUUACUGUCCAUUAUGAAUUUAAUAAAUAAUGUCCUUGUUGAUAUUAUUAAAACAAAUGACAAUAUUCAUAUUCGUAGUAGAAAGACAAAAUUUAUUAAUAGAUUGAAAUUAAGAAUAAUAUACAUGUUAUUUUAUAUCAGUAAAGUGACAAAAGAAUUUAACAUAAAGAUAAUACAAUGA